AUGACCCUAUUAGAACUACCUAGUGAGUUAAUCCUGCUCAUUGCACUCUUCCUCCCUGAAAGCGCUCUCGCCCACCUACUACAAGUUCAUCGCUCCCUUUACAAACUUCUCCUCCCGAAUCUUUACCAGCGCCAUAUACGAGACAGUAUGCUUCAAGAAGCGCUCUUCUGGUGCACUGCCACGGGUAAUGAAGCAGCUGUCAAAAAUUUUCUUCACUACGGAGCAGACGUGAACGCCUCCAUGGACAUGGGUCCAAUUAGUCAUGCAAAAAUACAUUUCCAGCCGUGGUUCAAUGUGCAGACGCCCCUGAGUAUAGCAGCAAACAUAGGAAACGACAAAUUAGUUGCCUUACUGCUCAACCAUGGGGCGAAUGUUCUCGGAUUCCGUUCUCGUCACCGGGUCCCAACCCAGCCGGCGGUAGUAGAUGCCCUAUUAUCGGGCCAUGAGAGCACGGUCCGGCUUUUAUUGUUGCAUGGGUCACCUAUCCAUGAUCCUGACAUGGAGGAAGGCAGCCUGGUCAACUACGCAAUAAUGAAGGGGCAAAUUUCUCUUCUCAAGUUGUUAGUUGAGUUCGAGGCAGAUCUCAAUAUUCCCUGGGAGGGAAGGUAUCCUUUGAACAGAGCUGUGUCAUCUCGUAAUCUCUCAACAGAGAUAGUUCAGUUCCUGCUGGAUAAUGGCGCAGAUAUCACUUUAGCGAAUCGUCGUCCUGGCCUCCUGUUAAACGAAGCAAGUUAUGGCCCAAUUGAUACUUUGCGUCUAUUGCUUACGUGA